GAAGAUUCUGCAUCCGCACCCCGACAGACGAGGGAGCCUCCUACGUCGCCCCCAGUGACGCCGGAAGCAGCAGCGCAGGCGCUUCGCCCGAACGAGGGUGGGGAUCGACUCUUGCUGGCCCGACAGCGGCAGUGCCAAAGAGAUCUAGAGAAAGAGCUGCACCAGAAACGCGCAGAGCUGCGCGACAUGGAAGAGAGACUGCAAAGACAGUCAACUCCCAACAGAAGCCAGGAGAGUGCGGAGCCCCUCGCGACAAGGUCUGGAUCCUCAGAGAUGCGCGCAGGCCCCCCGAAGGUCCAUCAGCCGAUGCCCGCUGGCCACGUGGCGCAGCAGUUCGAAUGGCUCCACGAGCUGCCACAGGGGCGCUUGUUUGACAUCCGUCGCUGCGUUUCGCCUUCAGACGCCCGGUCGCUCAUCGCGGCCGCUUGCGGGGCUCCGCGUGGCGUCCUCGAGGAGCUCGGGAGGCAGACGAGGGCGACGAUGGAAAAGGUCUUUGCUCUCGAAGAGCUUCUCCGACAAGAGGAAGAGGCGCACCAGGAGCGACUGGAAGCUUUGCGAUCCGAGCAUCGCGUGGAGAAGCGCCGUGGGAAGCUACGGCUUCUGGCCCGCUACGCGCCCCACGGGGCGGCGGCGCGUGAGGCGCUGCGUUGCGAGGCUGCUCUGCCCCCGGAGUCCACCGAAGCAGGCCUUUUCUUGGCGGAGCCGCGCGGGCUCCCUCCGAGUCCAGUUCUUUCCCGGCCUGCAA